AUGUCUACCUUCUCCGGCUCCCUCAUAGGGAAGCGCAAGGCUGAUCUUGUCGAGAUUGCCGAGGCGCUCGGCGUCGACGAUGCCGCAUCCAAGAACAUGGUCACUCUGAGGGAGGAUAUUCAGACUCGUCUUGACACCGACGCGGAAAAGUAUCGCACCCACCCUCAGUUUGAGGGGCUGUACCGCCGCACCCGCCGGAGCCAUGUCGAGGCGAACGACGACAGCGACUCACCCGCCCCCGAGAAGACGCCCCGAACUCGCCGCUCCCUCGCCAAGGUCGUGGACCACCUCACCGAGGCCGCGAGCGUGCCCCUUCCGGACUCUCCUGCGAAAGUCUUCCGCUCGGUCGCGCAGGACACUACCGAGGCGUUCCGCGAGGUCGCUGACGAUGCUCUUGCUCUCGUCGAGACGGACACGCGUAAUAUCGUCGCCCGCCUCCGCGACGGUGCCGACGAGGUUGCCCGCGUAAUUCGCCCGGUCGUGCACCACACGGAGGAACACUGGCGCAAUGCGCGCGACAUCUUCUCGCAGGCGGACAACCUCCUCAUCGCGGCGAUCGCGCUCGAGGGCGCCGCCUUGUACUAUCGCGUUACGAAGUUCCACCACAUCACGCUCACUUUCCCUCCGCGGGACACAGAACCCGGAUCGUUCGGCACGUUUUUCGGGAAUGCCUUCUCGUGGGCACCGACACUUGCUUGGACAUUUGUCGUCCCCCGCUACUCACACUUCUGGCAGCGUUCGGAUGUGUGGCCUGCCCUUACGUGGUGGCUCGGCGCAACGGUGCUCCCGCCGCUCUUUCUCAGCACGAUAGUGUCCUUUGUUCCACAGAAGGGCGUUAACCCCCGUCGGGGCGUCACGACGCGGUACCAGAGUGCCAACCCCCCGACACCGACCGUCGACGCGCUCACGUUUGCCAUCUUCCGUUUCGCGAUUCUGCUUGCGGUGCUGUACGACGCCGCCCCGUUCAACCUUACGUACGCGCUUAACCUCAGCGGCGACGCAACACUGCGUGUACUAAACGCUGGCGUUCUCUUUGCGCUUGUGCUUGCCCAGCGUCUCGCCGCCUAA